AUGCCCCCUCUGCCCUUUAUGCCACCUGUGCUACCCUCUCCCCCUCCCCAACCACCACCAGAGGCAAUGGGGUUGUUUGUGUACUACCUCACUCCCAUGGUCGUCAGUGUCGUCUCCCUCGCCGCCUAUGUGCUGCUCGGCCGCCCACUCACCGCUGACAUCGCCUUCCCCGCCCUCGCGCUCUUCAACCUCCUCAGGUUCCCGCUGGCCAUGAUUCCUGAUCAAAUCAACGACUACGUGCAAGCCAAGGUCUCCGCAGGGCGUGUUGAAAAGUUUCUGCUGCUGCCUGAGAUUGUUCCGUUGGAAGAGGAUCCGGGCAACAGGAAGGGCAGCAUAAAGCUUUGCCAUGCAUCAUUCUCCUGGGGAGGGGGGGGAGGCGACAUGGACAGCGCUAGUGUGAAGGAGAAGGGAGGGGAGGAGGGAGGGAUGAAGGGAGCAAAGGUGGGAGCGGAGGGGGGGGAAGGGGCGUUGGCGCUGUGUGAUGUGACGCUGGACAUUCCACCAGGGCAGCUCGUGAUCGUCGUGGGCGAGGUGGGGGCCGGCAAGUCGUCGCUGCUGGCGGGGCUUCUGGGGGAAAUUGCUCGUGUAGCGGGCAGUGUGUCGGUGGCAGGCCGCGUGGCUUACACCAGCCAGCCCCACUGCAUGCUGCAUGGCAGGCUGGUGGAUGAGGGGUGUGUUCCUCAGCACGCUGUGGCAGGCUCCAUUCUCUUGCUUUUACUCUUAAUACUGUUUCUUGCUACCUUCCUCAACACGUCCACCCUCACCAUUCUGCAUGGAGCAGCUUCACUCUGUUCUGUUCUCUCUACACCAAUCUGGAAUCCACCAUCCGCCAUUCCCCACCAUGCAUGGCAGGACCCAUGGAUUCUCAACGCCACGGUGCGAGACAACAUUCUCAUGGGGGCGGCGGGUGAGGCAGCAGCAGUGGACGAGGCACGGUAUCAGCGCGCCAUAGAUGUGUGUGCGUUGAGGCACGACCUCGCCAUGCUGCCCGGCGGUGACAUGGCUGAGAUCGGCGAGCGCGUUGGGCCACAAGUAGUUGCGAUUCUCCCACCCUCCUCUGCUACCUCCCCGCAAUGCCAUCUCACGAUUCAUCCACCUCAUUCGCCCAUCCACCCGCCAGGCAUCAACCUGUCGGGCGGGCAGAAGCACCGGGUGGCGCUGGCGAGGGCGGUGUAUGCGCGGGCAGACGUGGUGCUGCUGGACGACCCACUCAGCGCCGUCGACACUCAUGUCGGCCGCCACCUGUUCACGGAGUGCAUAUGUGGUGAGCUGGCGGGGACCACACGUGUGCUGGUGACGCAUCAGCUGCAAUAUGCAUGUCAUGCUGACGUCAUCAUCGUCAUCAGAGCAGGCCGUGUGGCUGCAAUGGGCACCUUUGACGAGCUGCAGGCGAGGGGCGUGGACUUGGCACUAUGGGACGAGAAGCAACAGGAGCCGGACGAGCAAGGCAAGGGCUCGUGGCAAGACGGCCUUGCUGCUACAUCAACCGCUGUCACUUCUGCCACAGCACCCGAGCCAACUGCACGCAGCAGAGAGGCGGCACAUAUGCCCAGCAGCAGCAGCGGCAGCGGCAGCACAAGGGAGGUGGGUGGUGGAAGCACGAGCAGCAGCAGUGGCAUGGCAGAGAGCGACAACGACCUCACGCGCCCACUGCUGGCUGAUUCCUCGCCAUCCACAGAUCCAGCAGCCAGCACCGCUGCUGCUGCCCCUGCUGCUGGUAGUGGCAGCACAGGCAGCAGCAGCAGCGGUGGCGGUGGUGGCGGUGGUAUCACAGCGGGUGGGAAGAAGCAGAGGGCGGAGGGGCAGCUGGUGGAGGAGGAGGGGCGAGCGGAGGGCGGGGUGGCAGCAGGCGUGUACUGGGAGUACCUUAGGGCGUGGGGUGGGCGGGCGGGGUGGCUGAUGCCAGUGCUGGUGCUGGCGGUGUUUGGUGUGUCGCAGUCACUCAAAGUGGCCAGUGACACCUGGCUCGCUGUGUGGACCGCCAACACCUCCCAAGGCUCCUCCUCCGCUCCCUUCUUCCUUCUCGUGUACAGCCUGGCAACGCUGGCCACGGGGCUCCUCUCCUCUCUCCGCGGGGUGCUGCUGGCCUUGGGUUGUCUCACAGCAGCGCGCUCGCUGCACUCGCGUCUGCUGGCCCGUGUGCUGCGCCUGCCCAUGGCGUUCUUCGACUCACAGCCAUCAGGCCGCCUGCUGAACCGCUUCACGCGCGACAUGGAGCAGAUGGACCUGCAGCUGCCCGACACCCUGCUCUCCUACCUCUCCUGCCUCUUCCAGGUGGUGUUUGCCAUCCUGGUGAUAGUCAUCGUCACGCCACCCUUCCUGCUGCCGCUCAUCCCUCUAUUGCUCCUCUACCACCGCAUUCAGACCAUUUACAUCGCCGCCUCGCGAGAGCUCAAGCGCAUCGACUCACUCGCCCGCUCGCCCAUCUUCGCGCACUUCAGCGAGACCCUCACCGGCCUCGCCACGGUGCGCGCCUUCCGCCGCCAGGCCGCCUUCACGGCGCGCAAUAACCUCAACCUCGACCGCGCCUCCCAGGCCUACCUCGCAGCCAUGGCGUCCAACCGCUGGCUCGGGCUGCGCCUCGAGCUCAUCGGCGCCUCCACUGUGUUUGCCACCGCGUGCUUCUGCGUGGUCGGUGGCGUCGCCGCUGCUGCUGCUGCGGCGGCAGCGGCUGGUGGGGGUAGCGGCAGCAGCACGGGCUCGUGGGCUGCUGGGUUUGCAGGGCUGGCGCUGACGAGUGCGCUGUCGAUCACGGGGUACAUGAAUUGGAUGGUCAGGAUGAACGCUGAGCUGGAGUCACAGAUGAACGCGGUGGAGCGCAUUCUCGAGUACACCAAUCUGCCCACCGAGGCACCAGAUGUGGUCGAAUCCCGCCGCCCACCUGCGGACUGGCCGCAGCAAGGAGUGAUAGAGGCAGAGGGAGUGGUGGUGAGGUACCGUCCAGAGUUGCCCCCCGUGCUGAAAGGACUGACUUUCUCGAUUUGGGCAGGUGAAAAGGUGGGGGUGUGUGGGCGCACGGGAAGCGGAAAGACGACGCUAACCAUGGCGCUGUAUCGGAUAGUGGAGCUGAGUGCAGGGAGGAUAGUGAUUGACGGCGUUGAUGCUGCGAGCAUCGGGCUGUGGGACCUGCGGUCGAGCCUCUCCCUGGUGCCACAGGACCCCGUGGUCUUCUCCGGUACUAUCCGCUGGAACCUCGACCCCUACACUGCUGUCGCAGGGGGCGCAGGAGGGGAGCAGGAUGCGAGGAGUGGGGGAAAUAUGGAGGGGAAGGGCGACAAAGGAAGAGUGCGAGGGGAUGUGGAGUUGUGGGAGGCGCUCACGCAAGCAGGCGUGGCGGAUGCCGUGCGGGCGUUGCCAGGUCAGCUUGACGCUGAGGUGGCAGAGGGAGGGGGGAACCUGAGUGUGGGGCAGAGGCAGCUGCUGUGCCUGGCACGUGCGCUGCUGCGGCGCUCGCACGUGCUUGUGUUGGACGAGGCUACAUCGAACGUGGACACGGCAACAGACUCCGCUGUGCAGGCAGCGGUGAGGGGAGGGGCGUUUGCAGCGUGCACGGUGAUCACCAUUGCUCACCGCCUGCACACCAUUGUGGACUGCCACCGGGUCAUGCUGCUGGAGGAUGGACAGGUGGCGGAGCUUGAUUCGCCGGUGGUGCUGCUGCAGGAGAGGUCGUCGAGGUUCUCAGCGUUUGUGGAUGCCACCAUGCCACGGGAGGCUGCCGCUCUACGCAGAAUCGCUUCGGCCAAGUCGGUGGCGGCAAGCGAGGGAUGA